UGGUUGAAGUGUGAGGUCUGUGACCUACAGGAAAACCUGUGGAUGAAUCUGACAGACGGAAAGAUUUUUUGUGGGCGGAGAUAUUUUGAUGGCUCAGGGGGGAAUAACCAUGCCCUCCUGUACUACCAGCAGAGUGGAUACCCAUUGGCUGUCAAACUCGGCACAAUAACACCUGACGGAGCAGAUGUCUAUUCAUAUGACGAAGAUGAUAUGGUUUUAGACCCUAAGCUUCCAGAACACCUUUCUCACUUUGGCAUUGAUAUGAUGACUAUGGAAAAGACGGAGAGAACCAUGACUGAGCUGGAGAUCGCAGUGAACCAGCGUGUGGGAGAGUGGGAGGUGAUUCAGGAGUCAGGUACCACUCUGAGGCCCCUGUGGGGCCCGGGGCUCACCGGGAUGAAGAACCUGGGAAACAGCUGCUACCUCAACUCCGUCAUGCAAGUGCUCUUCACCAUCCCAGACUUCCAGACCAAAUACGUUUCCAACAUUGAAAAGAUCUUUAAUGAGGCGCCCAGUGACCCUACCCAGGAUUUUAAGACUCAAGUAGCAAAGCUGGGUUAUGGCCUUCUUUCUGGAGAGUACUGUAAGCCGGCCCCUGACCCCUGGGAUGACCCCAGUACCUCCACUGAACCCAGGGGAGACCAGGUUGGCAUAGCACCUCGCAUGUUCAAAGCUCUGGUGGGACGAGGCCACCCUGAGUUCUCUACCAAUCGGCAACAGGAUGCGCAGGAGUUUCUUCUUCACUUUAUAAAUAUGGUGGAGAGGAACUGUCGUUCAGGCAUGAAUCCCUCAGAAGCUUUCCGCUUCCUAGUGGAGGAGAAGAUCGUAUGCCAGCAGUCACAAAAGGCCAAAUAUACCCAGCGAGUGGACUACAUGGUCCAGCUGCCUGUUCCCAUGGACCAGGCAACUAAUAUGGCACUCUGUCUCUCUGUAUGUCUCUCAGCUCCAGUGUUGGAUGACUCCACAGUGUCUCAGCUGUGUGAGAUGGGUUUUCCUCUGGAGGCCUGCAGGAAGGCUGUGUACUACACAGGCAACACUGGCAUCGAUGCUGCUAUGAACUGGGUGAUGGGACACAUGGAAGACCCUGAUUUCUCGGCACCUUUAGUGUAUCCUGGAUCAAGUUCUGCUCCUGGCACCACUCCCACAGAGAGUCUACCUGAGGAGCAUCUAGCAACUAUUAUUUCUAUGGGAUUCAGCCGAGACCAUGCCACUCGCGCUCUCAGAGCUACGAAUAAUGUUCUGGAGCGAGCCGUGGACUGGAUCUUCUCUCAUCUGGAUGAUCUGGAGUCCAUGGAUGUGUCUGAGGGUGGACGCUCAGAAGGAGGAAGUGAAGCCAGUCGGGAACCUCCUCCAGGACCGCGUGUCCGUGACGGACCAGGAAAGUAUGAGCUUUUUGCGUUCAUCAGUCACAUGGGAACGAGCACAAUGUGUGGUCAUUAUGUCUGCCACAUCAAGAAGGACCAACAGUGGGUAAUCUUUAAUGAUCAGAAAGUUUGUGCCUCUGAGAAACCACCUAAGGACCUUGGCUACCUGUACUUUUACAGAAGAGUGGUUGAAUAGAGUAAACUAGAAUAGCAUUUCCCUCACACACACACACACACACACACACACACACUCCUCUGUAUCUGAUCUACUGAAACAGUAGGGCCAGACUCCUGCUUCUAAACUGACACACCAUUUCAAAGCACUUCUCAGUCUUUGAGAAGUCAAAGCACUUCUCAGUCAAAUAUAUUCACUACCAAGAGAACUGUAAUGAAGACAGAAGGGGAAAAAAUGAGAUGUAAAAUGUGAAGAUUAGUGUUCUUACCCAAAACGCCUUGUUGUACAACGCCUUACCACACACACACACACACACACACACACACACACUCUCUAGUCUCUUUUGUGCCUCCCCCUGAUUGGAUAGUGGCUAUUGUGACAUCAUCGCUUUUAGAGCUAAGCUCCUCCUUCCUUUGUGUUUCAGAAUGUUCUAGCAAAUGUUUAAUGGCAAGUAAAUGUCACUAAAUCACAAAAAAA